AGGAAUACUCGAUCACCCUGGACAGCUAUCGGCCAAGUAGGGGAAGAAACUCUGAAUUUCGUACAAUUUUAUCCGGAUAAGUUAAACGUUAAGAAGAUAUUAUAUUUCUUCCUAACUUGUUUUGAUUAUAAGGUUGUUAUGUUGUUAUGCGGAGGUAAUAGUAAUGAAAGAUAGCAGGUCUCGCUCAUCAAGAAAUUGCUAAUGUUGUUUGUAACCAGGUAGAUAGCUAGCUAGCUAAUAUUCAGUGCUUGUACAGAAAUCUACUGUGUGUAUUACGUACAUUCUGAAUUGAAAGCUGGCGAGGGUUUGCUGCACUGAUAAUGAAAGUUGUACCACGACUCAGAGAGAUGAAUAGCCACAAGUGGCAGUGAGUUUAACGUAUACAUGCUAAGCUAACUAGCUAACAAUUAGCUGUGCUUUUACAGGACAGGAGGUAGCCACGUAUGAACCUCUGUCCAGUCGUAGAUGCCUAAUUCCUGCUUGUAACAUACUAGCUACAAAGUGUUCCUUUAGCAGGAUAUAUAUAUUAGAUAGCCCAAAAAAAAGUCUUAAUCUAGAAGGAGCGCGCGUUUUGGUCCAUAGUUCUGAAAUGUUAUAAACCGGAGCCUCGCGUGCUUCCGGGUUCGAUGUUGCAUUGAGCAGAUGAUGAAGCGGAUCAUCUGGGUGAUCUCAGGACUAAACAGAAGGAUGAUGAAGCUACUGGUCGCCCUCGCGUUGAUCGCCUACAUUGCCUCUGUCUGGGGAACCUACACCAAUAUGAGAUCCAUACAGGAACAUGGAGAGAUGAAGAUUGAGGAAAGGAUUGACGAGGCAGUUGCUCCCCUCAGAGAGAAGAUCCGGGAUCUGGAGCUGAGUUUCUCUCAGAAAUACCCCCCUGUGAAGUUCCUCUCAGAGAAGGAUCGGAAAAGGAUUUUGAUAACAGGCGGCGCAGGCUUUGUUGGCUCCCAUCUGACUGAUAAGCUGAUGAUGGACGGCCAUGAGGUGACGGUGGUGGACAACUUCUUCACGGGCCGCAAGAGGAACGUGGAGCACUGGAUCGGCCAUGAGAACUUUGAGCUCAUCAACCACGACGUGGUGGAGCCGCUCUACAUCGAGGUCAGUCUGUCCAACAGGCUUCUGGGCUGUUCCACCAAUUUGGUGCCUUUCGAGAUGUGUAACUUGGUGAACAAAUAAGUUUGAUUUCAUCUAGUUUUAACAGUCAUAAAGAGCAAAUGUUUUUCCCAUCAAGAUGUUCAAUAAAUGACUAUAGUAAAUACCU